GAUGAACUUUGACGCUACAAGACGAUGCCUAUAUCCACGUCAACGUCUUUUCUCAAACCUCGCUCUCUAACUUAACCAAUUUUUACUCAGCUCACAACCAUCCUUCUAGUUUUUUUUGCUCUGAAUUUACUGCCUCCUCUGCUCUGCUAAAUCUAUCGCACCCCAGUUAAGCUCUUGUCGGCGAUUAGUGGGUCAUUUUUGUUUUUUGAUUCUGAAUCUCAAAAUUCCCAAGUUCUUGCUGUGAAAAUUGGUGUUGUUUGAUGCGAUUGAUUUUGGGAUGUUGAGUUGAAGCAAAUGGGUUCUCUGGAGAAUGGAUAUCCAUUGAAGAGAGACCCGCUUCUUCGUUCUUCAUCGAUUAGCAGAGGCGAAAGGUACCCAUUUCUACAGAGACCCAGAUCGAGAUUUUCUCGGUUUUUGCUUUUCCAAAAGAUUGAUUACUUGCAAUGGAUUUGUACUGUGGGUGUGUUCUUGUUUUUCGUGGUUCUUUUUCAAAUGUUCUUGCCUGGAUCAGUCAUGGAGAAGUCUGACAUUGCCUUUAAAGAUGUGGAGAAAAGUUUAGGGGAUUUGGAGUUCUUGAAGGAGUUGGGUAUGUUGGAAUUUGGGGAGGAUAUUCGAUUUGAGCCGUCGAAGCUUUUGGAGAAGCUUAAGAAAGAGGCAAGAGAAGGGGAUUUUUUAUCUUUCAAUAGAACUAUUAAUCGUUUUGGGUAUAGGAAACCUCAGCUUGCUCUGGUGUUUUCAGAUCUGUUGGUUGAUUCUUACCAAGUUCUAAUGGUAACCAUUGCAUCUGCUCUGCAAGAGAUAGGAUAUGCAAUUCAGGUUUAUUCUCUUCAGGGUGGACCAGUGAAUGAUGCGUGGAGGCACAUGGGAGUCCCAGUUACUCUAAUUCAAAUCUGUGAUGAGACCGAGGUCAUGGUUGAUUGGCUAAACUAUGAUGGCAUACUUAUGCACUCUUUUGGAGUGAAAGACGCCUUUUCCUGCUUCCUGCAGGAACCUUUCAAAUCCUUACCACUCAUCUGGACCAUCCAUGAAGAAACCCUCGGCUUACGCUCUCAAAACUACGCUUCAAAUGGGUUAUUUGAUCUUCUAAAUGAUUGGAAGAGAGUAUUCAACCAUUCAACUGUUGUUGUCUUUCCCAAUUACGUCAUGCCGAUGAUCUAUUCUGCAUUUGAUAGUGGGAAUUUCUUCGUGAUUCCGAGCUUUCCUGCCGAAGCAUUGGAAGCAGAAAUUGAUAUCACCUCCGAUGCUGAUAAUCCGCGUGCAAAAAUGGGCUAUGCUAAUGACGACUUGGUUAUUGCCAUUGUUGGAAGCCAAUUUUUGUAUAGGGGCAUGUGGCUAGAACAUACAAUGAUGUUGCAGGCCAUGUUGCCACUACUUCACAAGUUUUCUUCGGAUGAGCAUUCCAAUUCUCAUCUCAAGAUAUUUAUUCUAAGCGGGAAUUCAAAUAGCAACUACACGAUGGCUGUCGAGGCGAUUGCUCAGAGACUGGAAUAUCCAAGGAGUGUUGUGAAGCAUGUUCCUGUCAAUGCAGAUUCAGACAAUGCUCUAAGUAUGGCUGACCUUGUUAUAUAUGGUUCUUUUUUGGAAGAUCAAUCUUUUCCACAGGUUUUGGUAAAAGCCAUGAGCAUGGGAAAACCAAUCAUCGCCCCGGAUCUUGCCAAUAUUAGGAAACACGUUGAUGACAGGGUAAACGGCUAUUUGUUUCCCAUGGGAAAUUUCAAUGUACUUUCCCAAAUUAUUUUGGAAGUGAUCUCGAAAGGGACAGUAUCGCCACUUGCUCGUAGUAUUGCUUCAACUGGACGAGGCACCGUGAAAAACUUGAUGGUUUCAGAAACUGUUGUCGGAUAUGCCUCACUACUUGAUGCUGUUCUUAAGCUUCCAUCAGAAUCUGCACCAGCUAAGGAAGUCGCCGAAAUCCCUUCCAAACUGAAAGAAAAUUGGCAGUGGCAGUUAUUUGAAGGGGUAUCAAAUUUGGCCAUCCUGCACAGAAAAAAAAAAAGUUACACAAUUUUAGAUGAAUUUGAAAAGCAUUGGAACCAAACUAAAAAGGGGAAGCCUGGUAAUCCUAUUGCUUUUAAUGAGUCAUUUGUAUAUGAUAUAUGGGAGGAGGAAAAACAAACAGUGAUGUCUAAUAUCAAAAGAAGAAGAGAGGAAGAAGAGAUAAAAGAUAGAACCGAACAACCUCAUAGCACGUGGGAGGAUGUGUAUCGAAGUGCUAAGAGGGCUGAUAGGUCUAAGAAUGAUUUGCAUGAGAGGGAUGAAGGGGAGCUUGAAAGGACUGGACAACCAUUAUGCAUAUAUGAACCUUACUUUGGGGAAGGAGUUUGGCCUUUCCUGCACCGAUAUUCUCUUUAUCGUGGAAUCGGGCUGUCAAGUAAAGGCAGGCGACCUGGAACUGAUGAUGUUGAUGCACCGUCACGGCUUCCACUUCUCAAUAACCCUUACUACCGAAAUGUACUCGGUGAAUAUGGAGCCUUCUUUGCAAUUGCUAACCGGGUCGACCGCAUACACAAGAAUGCUUGGAUCGGUUUUCAAUCUUGGAGAGCCACUGCCAGGAAUGCAUCACUGUCGAAAAUCGCUGAAACUGCAUUAUUAGAUGCAAUUCAGACGCGAAGAUAUGGAGAUGCACUCUACUUUUGGGUUCGCAUGGACUCGGAUCCAAGAAACCCGCUACAGCUUGAUUUUUGGUCCUUUUGUGAUUCCAUAAAUGCUGGAAAUUGCAAGUUCGCGUUCUCCGAGUCAUUGAAGACGAUGUAUGGUAUAAAAAGUGAUCUUGAAUUCUUACCGCCCAUGCCUGCAGAUGGCUAUACAUGGUCCGCUAUGCAGAGCUGGGUUCUACCAACCGGAUCUUUUCUCGAAUUUGUCAUGUUUUCAAGAAUGUUUGUUGAUGCCUUAGAUGCGCAAAUGUACGACGAACACCGGACAAGUGGACGGUGUUAUUUGAGUUUGUCCAAAGACAAGCACUGUUACUCCCGGCUACUCGAGCUCCUCGUAAACGUUUGGGCAUAUCACAGUGCAAGGCAUAUGGUAUACAUGAACCCCGAGACCGGCGCAAUGCAAGAGCAACACAAGUUCGACACACGGAGAGGCAAAAUGUGGAUCAAAUGGUUUUCAUACACCAUGAUAAAGAGCAUGGACGAGGAGUUGGGAGAGGAAGCAGAUGCCGACCACCCCACGAGACGGUGGUUGUGGCCAUCGACAGGCGAAGUGUUUUGGCAAGGCAUGUACGAGAGAGAGAAGAAUUUACGAUAUCGACAAAAAGAGAACAGAAAGCAAAAGAGUAAAGCUAAGCUAGACAGAAUGAGACAUAGGAGACACCAAAAGGUUAUAGGAAAGUAUGUAAAGCCUCCACCAGAGAUGGAAAAUUCAACCACAACAAUCGGUACAGAAGCUAUUUUGUGAUGGAAAUUUGAAGGUUAGUGAAAAAAGUAGAGUCUAAUCUUAAAUUCAUUUCAUUUUUAACAUCUUUUUUGUUGUGUUCAAAAAUUAUUGUUUGUUCGUGUAAAACAACUCCAUUGUUCUUGACUCACUGGUGCCAUUGUAUGUUGUUCACUCACAUGUAUUAUAUUAUGUUGUUUUUGCAUGGCAUUUCACCUCUAAAUGUAAAUCUAAUACUCUUUGGAAGUGGGUAAAUUUGGAUUGUUUAUGUUC